AUGCUCCCAAGGCAGAUGAAUGAUUGGUUAAUUGCAUCUGGUCUGCCAUCUUUGCAGUAUACUAGUUUGGCCAGGGUAGAUACGCAUCUUUUAUCUACUUUUGUUGAGAGAUGGCAUCCUGAAACAUCGUCAUUUCAUAUGUCGUUCGGCAAGAUGACCAUUACGCUAGAUGACGUUUCAUGUCUUCUUUAUGUACCGAUUAGGGGCGAGUUGGUUGACCCCGAUUUUGUUGUCACAGAUUAUGAUGCUAUCCAUAAUGCUGUUGAGUUGUUUGGUGUCUCUUUGAGUGAAGCAUCUGAGGAGGCUUCUUCCGUAAGGGGUCCUUACUAUAAAUUGGAUUGGUUGAAGCAAGUUUUUGAGCAACAAAGAGCUGCAAAUAACUUUACAGGUGCUAUGAGAGCAUACAUGAUGUUGCUAUUAGGUUGUACUAUUAUUGCCGACAAGACUUUUACUCUUGUCGAGGCAAAAUAUCUACCACUGUUGAGAGAUUUGAAUACUUGUGGAAGAUAUUACUGGGGGGCAGCUGCACUGGUUACUCUAUACAGAUACUUAGGGGAUGCUUCAUUUUAUUCGUGCAAACAGCUUGGUGGUUAUGCCUCUCUUCUUCAGUGUUGGAUUCAUGAGUAUUUUCCAACUGUUGGAAAGAGAGGUACUUCUGGGUUAUGUGGCAUUGAUAGUCCAAUGGCUAGGGUGAUGAAAUGGGAAUAUAGGCAGGGGACGCAAAAAGUGGCUGACAUCCGAGCUGUGUUAGAUCAGUUGACCCCUCACGAUAUCGUCUGGCGCCCUUUUGAGGAUCAUAGGGUGCACCGUCCUUUUGAUGAUAUUUGUUUGUUCCGGGGUGGUUUGAAGUGGUAUGGUACUGUAGUUCUAUAUUUACUUGACAGAUGCAUGCGUCAGUUUGGAUACAGACAGUACAUACCGAUUGCUCCUCCUAAUGUAGACACACUUGAUGUGGAUGUUGAGUGGGCUACAUAUAUGCAGAGUGUGUUGCAGUGUCAUCAGGCACGUCCUGAAGACGAACAGUUUCUGGAGAUAUUUAGAGCACUCAGACUUGCACAGGGCGGACCAUUACCUAGGGAAGGUCCAAUUACUUAUGACAAUGAGUCUGAUUGA